GUGGGAGCAGAAGUGCGGGUCACGGGGCCGUGGCUGAACUUUAAAGCCAUUGAUCGCAGCGAACACGCAGCAGUCAGGUUUAAUGCUCCCGGUGUCGGUAAUGAGACGGCAUGCUUUUGUUUCGUGGAGGCGUCAUAUUCAUGUAUGUGUGGCUUCAAUGAACUCUGCUUAGCAGCCUAGUCUAUACCAGCUGUCGGCACAAGAUGAUAAAAAACUGGAGUGUUAUUGGAGGGAUCGCUGCUGCGGUUGCCGCUGGAGUGUACGUGUUGUGGGGCCCAAUCACUGAAAGAAAGAAAAGGAAGAGAGGUAUGGUUCCUGGCCUGUUAAAUUUGGGCAACACCUGCUUCUUGAACUCUUUGCUUCAGGGCUUGGCAGCAUGUCCGUCCUUCAUCAGGUGGCUGGAAAAGUUUUCACGUCUGCCCACAAUUCAGUCAUGCAAAGACAACCAGCUGUCCACCACAUUGCUGCAGCUUCUUAGAGCUUUGUCCAGUGAAGAGCCAGGAGAGGAAGAUGUUCUUGAUGCUGGAUGCGUCCUGGAUGUUCUCAGACUUUAUCGUUGGCACAUCAGCUCAUUUGAAGAGCAGGAUGCACAUGAACUUUUCCACGUCCUCACGUCCUCUCUGGAGGAGGAGCGAGAUUGUCAGCCCAAAGUCACUCAUUUGUUUGAUAUGCAGUCCCUUGAGACUCUUGCUCAUCAAGAUGAAAAAUCAAUGACCUGCAUAAGUAGAGCUCCUCUUCAUCCAAUGCCAGGCCCUUGGAAAUUUCAGCAUCCUUUUCAUGGUCGUUUAACUAGCAACAUGUCAUGCAAGCGUUGUGAAAUAAGAAGUCCUGUGCGAUACGAUUCAUUUGAGAGCCUAUCCUUGUCCAUACCUCUACCUCAGUGGGGUCGCCCUAUCUCUCUAGAUCAGUGUCUGCAGCAUUUUAUUUCCUCAGAAACCAUCAAAGAAGUGGAGUGUGGAAACUGCACCAAGCAUCAUCAAAGCAUAGCAAUAAACGGUCAAGCUCUAGAAAGCCAGAGGACGACAUUUGUUAAACAGUUAAAACUUGGAAAGCUCCCCCAGUGCCUUUGUAUCCAUUUACAAAGACUGACAUGGUCCAGUGAAGGAACCCCCAUCAAACGACAGGAACAUGUUCAGUUCUCAGAGUAUCUAUCGAUGGACCGGUAUAAACACAACAGCACUGCACAGAGGAGUCGGAGGAUCAAAUGUACUCCCAAAGCCAUAACGGCACACAAUUUAGAUGAUUCUGCAGAGAAGCCCACAGCUAAUGAGACAGAUGCGGAACAUCAUAACAACAACAAACCUCUUUCUAAUGGAACAUGCUCUUCUUUAUUUCUUCACUCUCCUGGUGUGAACUCACAGCUCGGCCUCACUUAUGACUACAGUUCUGCAGAGUACCUUUUCCAGCUCAUGGCUGUGCUGGUUCAUCAUGGCGACAUGCACUCAGGACAUUUCGUCACAUACCGUCGCUGUCCUUCAUCGCCUCGCAGCCCGUCAGCCCUCAGUUCACAGUGGCUUUGGGUGUCUGAUGACUCGGUGCGGAAAGCCAGUCUGCACGAGGUGCUAUCAUCUAAUGCCUACAUGCUUUUCUACGAGAGAGUGCGAACGGCUGGCGUCAGUCCACGGUCAGAGGAGUGACCAAAACCCUGCAGUCUGACUGACUUGUGCAUUUCCAGUCAUACUAUCACACCUGGCAUGGGAGUCAUAACACGGUUACCAUUUGGUGGCUUUUUCCAAGCAGACAAGAGAAAAAAGAGCCAUCCCAGAGUUAUUAAAUAGUUUUGCAUUAUGGAUCACAGUGUCUUGUGGUAGUAUGGUGUGUUGUGGACAUUUCCCUGCUGCUCUGAUAACAUUAGGAGGCUUUUAAUCCCAAAGAUACAAGACCUACAGGGUUUUAGGCAGACAUCUUUGAUCAAGUAAGCUAAAGUCUUUUUUCUUUUUAAACUCAUGCAACAAGUCCUGUGACUCGUGAUAUUCUAGCUUAUGUUAAGACAAGGAAACAUGAGUGCUUGACAACAUUGUACUAAGAUAACAGCCCUCUUUCUACUGUUCAUGUUGGCUGAUGAUGUUUUUCUGUGGUGCUGUUGACUCAGCUCUGUAGCAUUGUUAUACUGUAAUGUAAGGAGCUACAUUAGAAAGAUUUUGAAGAUUUUUACUGUUAUUAGCCGGUAAAUUACAGACACAAAAAAGGCUAAAGACAUAGCGAUUCUGUUUAGAAAUUAUUUUAACAUAUGAACGUCAGAUAGGUAGUUCUCAACUCUGGGUUGUCAUAUUUGUCAAAUCAUUCCAGGUAAUGUACACAAGCUCUAAUGCUAUAAUUUACACUUUCUGAUCAUCUUUACACUGUCAUGAGUUGCACAGCUGCAUGGUUGAGGUUAAAGUGCCAUGUUGUUUAAUGCUUGAGAUUUUUAACAAGUGAAACCGUCAGUGCUAGAACUAUCACUAAUGUUAGUGUCCAGCAGGGAACCCUCCUUAAAAUAUAACCCACCAGUGUAAUUUGACUUGGUUCCUAGGUUCAACAGAAUAUUAGCGAUAUCCGCUAAAGCUGGACUGUGUCCAAGUAUUUGAGUAAGUCAUGUUGAAUAUUUACUGUUAACAGCCAUCUGAAAUCAAUGGUGUGGUCUGAUGUUUGCACUAAUGUAUUUUCAUGGGAGAUUGUAUUUGUGUACAGUCUUUGAGAGAUAUUGUUUUUGGGUAUUAAACACUUUAUUUAAGAGA